AUGAAACUAGUUGGCGAUUUUCAUGGAAGUCCGAGCUUGUGUGAUUUCCCUGAUGGUGGACAUGCUUGCACACGUGGCGGCGGUGAUUACGCUGCAAGUGUUCGAGUGGCAGCGCAGGAGUUGCCUUCAAAAGGAAGUGCUCCCGCGGACCGCCAGAGCGAUGGUACGGAGACCCUAACUAGCGAAGAUGGGCGUCUGUGCCAGCGGACGGAGGUGGAGCUUGAUAUUUCCGGCAAGAAGUGCAACUGCUCUUCUGAAGCAGCGGGCGAGCAGUCUGCAAAUCCUAGGAGUCUCUGUACUGUAUCAGAACACCUCACGCCGGUGUCUCCAACUUCACCUUCCCCCCUCUCUUCCGUGCCGAGCAACACUGAAGCCUCCUCAGCAUCUGCGAAUGCAUGUCCCGUACAGCCUGAAGUCGCUUCUUCCUCAUUGCAGGAGCAAACAAUUUCUGCAGCGGAAGGUCCCUCGCGCGCGCCUUCUGAUUCGAAGUCGCCGACCUUCGCGGGAAACUCGUGUGCAAGAGAUUUAACGCUGUGCAGCUCGGCGUCAACGCCGCGCCGAUCCCAGCUACCAGUUAUUGCAGAUGAGCCUUCUUCGCAUGGCGAACUGCGAGACAUUCUCACGCAGACAAAUGAUCCAUCAGUGCGGACUCAACAACGAGACUGCGGCAAGCGGGUAGGAUUUUCCAACGAUGCUAGCAUUCGGCAAAAGGACAGCGGCAAAGGAGUACGGCGGCCGGGGCUGUCCUUAUCCGAGUGGAUGACUCUAUUACAAGUUUCACGCGCAGAUGCGGUUCGCGUGAAUUCCGUAGUGGACGAGUUUGAGAGACGGAAAGUCAGGCCGGAGUCCAACAAACAGAAAUCUGCAGAAGGAUCACGAUGUGGAUCUGCCACUUGUCCAACGUCUCCAGCUACAGGAGGAGUCGGGAAAGGCGACCCAGUUGCGACAGAAGAUUUAGAUCUCCAUCUGCUGGCAGGUGAUGUAGCCCGUCAGCGGUGGAUCAAUGAUCGCAAUCCUCCAAGGAGUGAGACUGCUCAAGGAUAUGCAGAAGAUGACGUGAAGAUCAAGAGAUUGCUUACUGACGCCGUUUCUAUCUUCUGCAUCAUGAACGGAGUUUCUUACUGGCAAGGCAUGCACGACCUAUGCGCUGCAUUUCUUUUCCUUUCUCCGACGCCUUCCCUACCUCAAUUAGUGCUGCUCUUUGAAGCAUUUGUGAUGCUCUUCGCCCCCUGGUUGCUGCUCCCGCCACAGCAGUCCCUCGAGCAUUCGGCCAACGUAACGAGGCUCUUUAGGCAGUUACUGCAGUUUUUCUCUCCUGCUGUGACAAGCGAAGUUGAACGUCUCAUCCCUUCUGUCACGUGGAGUCAAACAACGCUAAUUCACACGCUUGGAUUUUCACGAUUUCGUGAUCCACGAACGCUUCUUGCUAUAUGGCGUUGCAUUUUGGAGCUUCGAGCUCCGGAUGAUGCUACGCCGUUAGGAUACUUUUUUUUCCUUCUUGCUUACGCGGACCUACAUAAAGAAGAACUUCGCAAAUAUCCGGAGAUAAUAAUCAAUAGUGAUGUUUCUUUCGAUCACUCCUGCUUCUCAAGAGAGCCCUGCCCUGCGUGCCAUGAAGAAGAAAUUCCCUCCUCUACGAGCGCGAUUUCACAGCUCGAUGAUAGUUCUGAAUUGCCAACUUGGCAGCGUUCGUUUCCCCUUCGCCGUGUGUUGCAUUGCAUGUUCAAGCUAUACUCGCUGACACCACCUACUGCUCUGCAGGAUCUUCAGGCUCUAAUUGUCACGUGCUCCUCUCUCGCUCGGUCAGGGCUACGCGACUCUCUACCGCGUCACCUCUCUCGGAUAUCUCCGGUGUCUCCUGUUCGGCAACAGGAGCAAUUCGCAAAAGAGACCGCACAAUUUUUCAGCGCGUCGAGCAGCGACCCAAGCUCGUUAGCGAUGAGUUCUGAGAUGCGGGCUGCAACGGACACGAGUGCUAAAGCGAAAAUGGACCUCAUGUCCUUGCAGAACUCGCUUUGCUUGUCUUUGGAUCCGCUGGACCUACUCACGGAGCUGCACACUCCCCUUCGAUGUAGGCAGGAUGCCUUUGAUUCCGUCUCGAGGCAUCUCGUUUCCCCUACAUCCAUUACCCUCGAUUCCUCAUCUAAUGAUGAUGCCUUCUACGGACUCCUGGCUCUGAUCCGCGGGGCCAUGUCCUCUCGUCGCGCCCGAAACUCCACGUCCCGCUCAGGCAUACCGGAAGCCCCUGCCGAGGGGGGUGCCUCACAGACUAGUGCGUCCUGUGAGGAGGACUCAAUCAGCUCAAAUGUGGACCUGGCAUCGCACAGUCGGGAGGCUCGUGAUGGCGCGACCUGCCCCAUGUCUAAAGGCCCCCUCGCGAGAUCGAGGGUGCUCGAGAAACGAGGCACAGCAGGCGCCUGCCCCAUAGUUGACACGUCCGCCGCAUCAGCGUGGAUAUCAGACUCAGUCGAAGUUCACUUCUUGGAUCUCCGAUCAGCCUCACAACGUCAGUGCGGUCCCGCGGUCCAAACGCUACUUGGACUUGGUCCUGAUCGCCUACCCGGUGGCGCCCGGUAUCGGGUGAUACCUGUCAGAACACAAAGGGGGCUCCGAAAAGCAGUAGACAACUGUUCAAUCAAUGCCAAAGACAGCCAGGCGGGGCGACGAAGUUUGACGGUUGGAUGGGGUAGGUUGCCUUCGUCGGGACCGACUCCUAGCACGUUAGAGGCGGGCUCGUCUUCUUUGUGUCAGCAUCAAGCAAGCGAACCUGCUGCCUUCGACAACAUGCAUGUCAUGCGGAGAAGUGCACUGCCGCAAAUCAUCGCCGGAGACGCCGGUAAAUCUUGUCCAACGUCUGCGGGCCUCCGUAAAAGAAUAGCGCAAGGGCCGUGUGAGGUACAGGGAAGCCUUAAAAACUAUGUGUCCGUCCAGCAGUCUCGGGGUGUUGCUGUCGAAGGUAGCGGAGUUUGGCUCAUGCGACGGCGAAGGCAUCGAAAGGGUGUCGUACGGGAAAAAAACGUACAAAGCGUUUCUCGCAACAAAUUGGUGCAGACGACCACUCCUCUGGGGACUCAUGACAGAGAGGAGGGUGGUCACAACAGUAUCAGCUUGGACAACCUCAUCGAUGAUAUUCACGAAACGGAAACAACAACGCCAGAGGUCAUGCGCAUCUGGAUUCUCAUCCCAGAUGGAACGCAAAUUAACGAAGAACUGCUCGACUUCGGACUCCUUUACCCCAACGUACCAUGGUCUGAAAUGUCCGUGCUUCAAGAAGCCUACGUUCGCCUUACAUCUGCUGCGGUUAGAGGUGUGCUGCUCCUGAAUGGCGGAUUCAGCGCUCUAAAGGGUGCAAUACAGCGGCUGCAACCCUCGCUUCGCGACAGACUCACACCUCGUCCGGUCUCGAGUGCCGCCUUGCAGGCGGUAGAGUUGCUGGAACAGCGAGGUUCCACAAGGGAUGGCACCGCCGACCUUCCCCUUCUUGCAGCUACUUCUGACCCUGCUGGUGUCCACACGGCUGUGAAUCUUCGUGAAACCGUAGCGCAUCUGCCUGAAGACCUGGAGCUGCGGUCAGGGGUAUGCACACGAAAGGAAUAUAUUCUCACCCUUCAGCAAAUUCCACGCCUUCAGCGGCGACGUCGGAAAGUCCGGUCACCCGACCUGCCAGUGAAAGUGUCUGCAGACUCAGAGACCCCUGCUCCAGGCACGCCGACGUCGGCUAUGCGAGGCGUUGGUCAGGCGAUUGCAACAUGGCUGUUUGACAGGGGAGAGCCUGUCAAAAGAGCAAAUAGUCACAACGCAAGUAAUUCGCAUUACCAAAACGGUCAAUUGCUGCCUUCUGGGCAGGUUCCUACUAAGGGCCAAGUGCCGACACCCGCCAACAAAGAUAUUCAGAAGCAUCAACGGAUGUCUUUUCUUAUGUCGUCGCCAGUGUCAUGGUCUCAAUGUGCUCCGUCCAUCGCCGGCGCCGCUUUAGUGGAGCGCCCACCUGUGGCCGAGGAAACAGCCCGUUAUUGCCCGGUUUCGGGAACUGCAUCAGGGCCACACUAG